AUGUCUAAUUUAUCCAUCAUUACAGAUUUCCUUCUCCUGGGGUUUUCUGAGAAACGAGAGCUUCAAAUUUUACAUGUUGUCAUUUUCUUAGCAAUGUAUCUGACUGUGCUGCUAGGAAAUGUUCUUAUCAUUACUUUGGUAGCCUUUAACACCCACCUCCACACCCCGAUGUAUUUCUUUCUUGUCAACUUAUCCAUUAUUGACCUUGGAACUACUUCGGCAACGGUUCCCAGAUCUAUAGUCAAUGCCCUCAUGAACACAACAUGGAUCUCAUAUACGGAAUGUGCUGCACAAGUAUUUUUUUUCCUCUUCUUCUUAUCAUCAGAUUUGUUUCUUCUCACUGCCAUGGCCUAUGACCGAUAUGUUGCCAUCUGCCACCCACUACACUACGCAUCUGUGAUGAAUUGGGGAACCUGUAUGCAGCUGGCAUGUGGUGCGUGGAUGGUAGCUUUGCUUAAUGCUGCUCUACACACAGGUACCAUUUUUUCAAUGCCCUUCUGUGCCAACAUCAUCAACCAGUUCUUCUGUGAAGUCCCACAACUUGUCAAGCUGUCAUGCUCUGAUUCAUACCUCAGUGAAUUUUGGGCUCUUCUCUUUAGUGUAUCCUUAGGUCUUGGCUGCUUCGUGUGCAUUGUGAUGUCCUAUGUGCAGAUCUUCACUGCAGUGUUGAAGAUGCCCUCCAUGGAGAACAGGCAAAAGGCCUUCUCCACUUGCAUCCCCCACCUCAUAGUUGUCUCCCUUUUAGUUAGUACAGGUGUCUUUAGUUACUUAAUGCCGACUUCCAGUUCCUCAUACAACUUGAAUGAGGUUCUUGCUGUGCUUUAUUCUGUGGUGCCUCCAAUGAUGAACCCAAUAAUCUACAGCAUGAAAAAUAAGCAUGUCAAAACUGCGAUUUGGAAGAUGUUUUAUUGGAUGCUUCCAACCAAGAAUGCUCAUAUUCAGCUAUAA